AGAACGCUGCGUUUUGCGUUGGAAAGGUAGAUCUGGUUCCUGGUUCCACUGUCCUUGCCAUCCCGGACACGCAGCAAUCAUGGCCCAGCCGCCGCCCGACGUUGAGGGGGAUGACUGUCUUCCUGAAUACCACCAUCUCUUCUGCCCGGAUCUUCUCCAGGACAAAGUGGCCUUUAUCACAGGUGGUGGUUCUGGGAUUGGCUUCCGGAUCGCAGAGAUUUUCAUGAGGCAUGGCUGCCACACUGUCAUCGUCGGCAGGAGUCUGCAGAAAGUGACCACGGCUGCUAAGAAGUUGGUUGCUGCCACCGGAAAGCGGUGCCUCCCUCUGUCUAUGGAUGUCCGAGUUCCCCCAGAGGUCAUGACUGCUGUGGAUCAAGCGCUGCAAGAAUUUGGCAAAAUCAACAUCCUCAUUAACUGUGCAGCUGGAAACUUCCUAUGCCCUGCCAGUGCUUUGUCUUUCAAUGCCUUUAAGACCGUGGUUGACAUUGACACCAUCGGUACCUUCAAUGUGUCUAGUGUGCUUUACAAGAAGUUCUUCCGGGACCAUGGAGGAGUGAUUGUGAACAUUACUGCCACCCUCAGUAUGAGGGGGCAGGUGCUACAGCUACAUGCAGGCGCUGCCAAAGCAGCUGUGGAUGCUAUGACGCGACACUUGGCUGUGGAAUGGGGUCCCCAGAAUAUCCGUGUCAACAGCCUGGCUCCUGGUGCCAUCAGUGGCACUGAGGGUUUAAGGCGAUUAAGAGGCUCCAAUGCCAGUUCGAAAUUAAAGCAUUUUUCAAAUCCUAUUCCAAGACUUGGGACCAAGACAGAGAUCGCUCACAGCGUGCUGUACCUGGCCAGCCCUCUGGCUUCCUAUGUCUCAGGUAUCGUGCUGGUGGUUGAUGGUGGAAGCUGGAUGACAUUCCCCAAUGGCAUCAAGCAACUGCUAGAGUUUGAAUCCUUCUCUGCUAAGCUGUAGGUAAGGGGAGUCCUCCCGUGGAUAUCCACCUUCUUCUUCUUUGAAGAUAGGAUCUCAUGUACACUAUGUAGCUGAAGAUGAUUUUACAAAAGAGCCACCCUGCCAAUUUUUGCAGUGUUUGAAGAUCACACCCAAGGCUUCCAGCAGGUUCAACCAGCAGAAUCAACUGAUCUGUACGUCCUCCCCCGGGGAUCUUCUGACACAUAAACUUCGUACUCAAGAUAGUUGUUUUGAGGAGGCAGUGUUCUUCAUGGGGAAUGCCUCCUGCCUUGCAUAGGUCUAUAGUCACACAGGAAGUGUUGAGUCUGACUUGGAAAUCCGAGCCCACUCCCCUGCCUCUGGGAUCAAGCUCUUUGCAAGCUCUGCCUCUCCUCCGCCCACAUCUUGAGUAGGAAUAACCCGAUCAUGCAUAGCUGAAACUUGCUUACAGUAUCUGAGGAAUUCCUAUGGUUUUACCAGAAAAAAAAUGCAUUUUCUUGUAAAAAAAAAUUUUUUUUUUUGAGACAGGGUUUCUCUGCAUAGCCCUGGCUGUCCUGGAACUCUGUAGACCAGGCUGGCCUCGAAAUCUGCCUGCCUCUGCCUCCCAAGUGCUGGGAUUAAAGGCAUUCGCCACCACUGCCCGGGUUUUUUUUUUUUUGUUUUUUGUUUUUUCUACUAUAAAAAUAGCUAUGAGUUGGAAUUUGUAAAAGUUUCUAGAGGGCUGGCAAAAUGGUUCAGCAGGUAAGAGCACUGACUGCUCUUCUGAAAGUCCUGAGUUCAAAUCCCAGCAACCACAUGGUGGCUCACAACCAUCUGUGAUAAGAUCUGGUGCAUCUGAAGUCAGCUACAGUGAACUCAUGUAUAAUAAUAAAUAAAUCUUUGGGCCAGAGCUAGCAGGAUUGAGCGAGCAGAGCAGACCAGAGCGAGCAGAGGUCCUAAAAAUUCAAUUCCCAACAACCACAUGAAGGCUCACAACCAUCUGUACAGCUACAGUGUACUCAUAUACAUAAAAUAAAUAAAGAAAUCUUUAAUAAAAACGUUUCUAGACAGAAAAAAAAUUGACUGAUUCUACCAUGGAAA